AAUGAGAUUCACAACUAUAAAUAGCUCACCACCUACAUCAAAGCUGUACACCUUACCUUCUUCCAUGCAUCCGACCAACCAACCAACCCCCGCACUGACGAAACUCUUCUGACAGCCAAAUUGAAGGAAUUUAUACUGGUGAGGGGAAAUGGCUCGCAAGAAGAUCAGAGAGUAUGAUUCUAAGAGAUUGUUGAAGGAGCAUUUUAAGAGGCUCGGUGGUAAUGAUUUGGCAAUCAAAUCUGCCCAAGUUAUAGAAUCAACUGAUUUCAAUGAGCUGGUUGAGAAAGAGUCUUGGCUCUCCUCAACAAAGCUAGUUGUAAAGCCUGAUAUGCUUUUCGGGAAACGCGGGAAAAGCGGUUUGGUUGCCUUGAAUCUAGAUCUGGCUGAAGUCGCCAUUUUCGUCAAGGAAAGGCUUGGCAAGGAGGUUGAGAUGGGAGGAUGUAAAGGUCUUAUAACAACUUUCAUUGUUGAGCCAUUUGUCCCACAUGCAGAGGAGUUUUACCUUAACAUCGUCUCUGAUAGGCUAGGAUGCAGCAUAAGCUUUUCAGAGUGCGGAGGAGUGGAAAUAGAAGAGAAUUGGGACAAGGUCAAGACCAUAUUUGUGCCAACGGGGGUUUUGUUUACUUCAGACUUGUGUGCUCCACUUGUUGCAACCCUUCCACUUGAGAUAAAGAGUGUGAUUGAGGACUUCAUCAAAGUGGUAUAUGCACUAUUUUUAGAUUUGGAUUUCACUUUCCUUGAGAUGAACCCAUUCACAUUGGUUGAAGCAAAGCCUUAUCCACUGGACAUGAGGGGGGAGCUCGAUGAUACUGCUGCCUUUAAGAACUUCAAGAAGUGGGGGAAUAUUGAGUUCCCUAUGCCUUUUGGAAGAGUUAUGGGUGCUAAGGAAAGAUUUAUCCACGGGUUGGAUGAGAAGACAAGUGCAUCAUUGAAGUUCACAAUUUUGAACCCAAAGGGACGAAUUUGGACAAUGGUGGCUGGCGGAGGUGCCAGCGUCAUCUACGCUGAUACGGUUGGAGACCUUGGAUACGCAACUGAACUUGGGAACUACGCUGAAUACAGUGGAGCUCCUAAUGAAGAGGAGGUGUUGCAGUAUGCCAGAGUUGUAAUUGAUUGUGCAACAGCAGACCCUGAUGGUCGUAAACGAGCCCUUGUGGUGGGUGGUGGUAUAGCAAACUUCACAGAUGUUGCUGCUACAUUUAAUGGCAUAAUUCGAGCUUUGAAGGAGAAGGAAACAAAACUCAAGGCUGCAAGAGUCAGUAUCUUUGUACGUAGAGGUGGUCCAAACUACCAACGGGGUCUCGCUAAGAUGAGAGCCCUUGGAGAGGAAAUUGGCAUCCCCAUCGAGGUCUAUGGCCCGGAGGCCACCAUGACUGGCAUUUGCAAGCAGGCAAUUGAGUGCAUCACUGUGGCUGCUUAAAUCAAAGCCAUUUGUGAGCUCUGGUCAUGUCAAAUAUUUCUUGUUUUUGUCUUUGUGAUUUAUGCGCACGGAAUGUCUGCAAGAACAGUUUUAUUCUGCUUGUUUAGCAUUAUCAUUUAUGUUAUUCACAAAAUCACAUCUUGCCAUUAAUGAACCGAUUGAAUCACACCCAAGUGCUACUAUUUUGUUGUUGUGUGCUGUGGUUGUUGUUUCUAUAAUCUAUGCUGAUAUGGCAUACACCAACACACGGCAAUCUAAAAAAUAUACUAUCCUCGGUGGCUGAAAAGAUGCAACAUUGUAAUAGGCACACAUAUUAAGAUGUUCUGAUAAAGUUUUUUCCUUCUUAUUUUUUCCUCGU